CCUUGUUCUGGGCUUCCCUUUCUUUUGGGCUCUUCUUCUUCUUCAUUGUCUCGUUGGAGAGCCUGCAGAUCGCGCAUCGGUGAGGAGAUGAGCAGCCCCCGCAGCCGCCCUAGGUCGUCGGCGGCGGCGCCACUGGACGACGAAGACCUCCUCUCCGAGAUCCUCCUCCGCCUCCCCCCGCUGCCCUCAUUCCUCCCCCGCGCGUCCCUCGCCUGUAAGCUCUGGCGACGCAUCGUAUCCGACCCCCGAUUUCUCCGCCGCUUCCGCGAGCACCACCGCCGCAACCCUCCCCUCCUCGGCUGCUUCGUCCAAACUCUCUACACCGUCCAUUUCGAACCUACGCUGGAGGCCCCCAAUCGCGUCCCGCAAACCCGCUUCCCCUUUCCCAUCGACACCGGCGGCACCGUCAUGAUCCUCGGAUGCCGCCAUGGCCUCAUGCUCAUCUUCCUUUGGACGCGGAACCAGCUCCUGGCAUGGGACCCCCUCACGGGUGACCAGCACCGCCUAGACAUUCCCCCAGGGUUCGACAAGGAGGAAACCGUGAUUAACGGAGCGGUGCUUCGUGCUCCCGAAGAAGCCAACCACUUCCAGGUUGUCUUGGUUGGCAACAGCGACAUAAAACUUACACAGGCUGUCGCCUCGGUGUACUCGUCGGAGACUGGUCUAUGGAGUAAUCUGGUGUGGACACUGCUUCUGGCCGACGAUCCUCAUGUACCCACCAUGGUUUACCAUGACAUGUGCUCUGUGAUGGUUGGGAAUUCCCUUUACUGGUUGCUUUCUGUGAAUUGGUUUGGAAUACUUGAAUUUAAUUUGGAUAGGCAGAGCCUAAGUGUGAUAAAUGUGCCAGUGGAAAUCAUCGAUGUCGGCAGUUGCUUGCUCACGGUUAUGCAGGCUGAGGGUGGUGGCCUUGGUUUCCUCUUCAUUUCGGAGAACUGCAUCCAGUUAUGGAAGAAGAAGACGGACUGUGAUGGUGUAGCUUCAUGGGUGCUGGGAAGAACUGUUGCACUAGACAAGCUACUUUCCAUGAAUUCAGAGGAGGCAAGGAUACUUGGGUUUGCCGAGGACAACAAUGUGGUGUUACUGUGGGCAUUUAUCGGUGACAUUUUCAUGCUUCAGUUUAAAUCAUCACAGUUAAAGAAACUUUUCGAAUCCCACCACAGUUUCUCCUGGCGUCGCUAUUAUCCAUUCGAAGGUGUCUAUACUGCAGGUAUCAAGAGUUAGGAUUUCGUUGUCUGAGAUGCAGAAAUGGAUUAUUCGCUGCAGGUUCGUCCAUUCUGUAUGCAGAAAUGGAAUUAAUCUUCUCAACUGUGAAUUGCCGUCUGUUUAGUGAUUCACGUAGGCAAUAUUCAAACUGGCAGGAAGAGAAAUGAACUUGCUUACCGUUU